CCCGACUCCGGGGCGUGUCUGGGCUGCGGGGCGGAGUCCUUAUAAAGACCACGCUGCGACCGCGGCCCGCAGCAGAGCGAGCGCAUUUGGUGCAACCUUUCGAAAUGGCUUCGAAAAUCGUGAUGUCUUCGAAAACCGUGAAGACCUCCGACGAGAUCCUUUGCGAGGGCGAGCUGGAGAAGCGAAGCGACAGCCUGUUCCAGGUCUGGAAGAAGAAGCGCUGCGUGCUCACCGCCGACCGCCUGCGCCUCUUCUCCGGGAAAACCAGCCCCGCCAAGGAGCUGUUUUUCCACUCCAUCCUCAAGGUGGACUGCGUGGAGCACACCUCCAAGUACGUGUACUUCACCAUCGUCACCAACUAUUACAAGGAGAUCGACUUCCGCUGCACAGUCGAGAGCUGCUGGAACGCGGCCAUCACCAUGGCGCUGAUCGACUUCCAGAACCGUCGGGCGCUGCAAGAUUUUCCCCGCUACCGGUAUCAGCGCCCUGAGUCUGAAACGCCGUCCGAGCCGGGAGAGCGGAGCGCUCUAGGUCCGUGAAACGCACGGGACCAGUUGAGCCGGGAACCAGCCCACGCUGCCGCAUCAGACAGGAGCCCAGGAACCCAGGGGAUGCCCCGGGUGACGCCGCCGCUGCUCUUCACCGAAGAUAUUCCCGUGCUUGCUGAGCCUUGCCCCGCUGUGCGGGUGCGCUAACUUAUUGGACCGUAUUUAUAUUGGUUACCUGCUUCCAACCCACCAUUCCGUGUUAAUAUUUUUUAUACCAUAUUUUCAUUCCAAAUAAACAAUGUCACUUUUCUUUUUUUAAA